GUGCAAUAUUGAACCGAAAUCAAAAGACCAACAUAACGCUGCAAUGGUCUAGAGAGGCUUCAAGUCUAGGAUUUAGGAAAAGGCAUCUGAAAUCUUUUUGCGUCGAGAUUUGCGUCCCGUGGUAAAUCUCUUUACCUUUAAUUCGGCAACCAUGGCUCCCCCAUAUCCAACGAUUGCAAACGGUCUCCAGUUUCUCAACAGCUAUCCCCGCAGCAAGACAUCAUGGAAAUUUGGCAGCACUAUGAUUAUGUCAAUGACAGGAAUACUGUCUCGUUUUUUUCUCUACGGGUUUCAUAAGGUGGAAACUUCAGGUCUCAAAGAAUUUGAGAAUAUGCUGGACGAGGCGCGACGAAGAAAUCGAGGAGUCCUGACGGUUUCCAAUCAUGUUUCAGUCGUCGACGAUCCCGUCCUUUGGGGGCUGCUUCCAAUCAGAAAGAUGUUCAACCCGAGGAAUUUGCGCUGGAGUUUAGGCGCUGCCAACAUCUGCUUCACUACAUCAGUAACGAGCAAAUUUUUCUCGAUGGGCCAGGUUUUAGCAACGUACCGAUUUGGAACAGGCCCAUACCAGGGGUCAAUUGAUGCCGCGAUUAGCCUGCUUUCCCCGAAUAUGACCACUGCCCAGUUAAAGUCUGAAUCAUUCGCGUUUCCAGAAAAACAGCUCAGUCCUCAGUGGAUCCAUAUAUUUCCCGAGUCGCUCUAUUUUCACUGGGGAGUGUCCAGAAUCAUUCUGGAAUCCGAGGAAUUACCGGAAAUUGUCCCCAUAUUCCAUUGCGGUCUGCAGAACAUUUUCUCGGAAGACCGUGAAGUUAUGAAAUACAUUCCCAGAUCGGUGAUAUUUCCCAAGUUCGGGGCAAGCAGACAGAAGUUGAGAUUUAACUUUGGGCAAAAACUGGAUCCAGCAAUGUUCGCCAGUGAAAGAGAACAGUGGAAAAAAAUUCCGGAGACUGAAUACGAUGGGGAGGAGGCGCGAAAGCUUCGCUCUUUGGUAGCAGCCAAGCUUCGUGAAUCUGUUGUGAAAGUUAGAGACGGACUUGGUCUACCGAAAGAAGAUGAACGUCUGAAGGAUCCUGAGUUUUGGUCUGGUUUGGAUGAAAAAUCUGGUGUUAAAGUGGCGGGAAAAUAUGGCAAUACGUCGGUGAAGGUCAUAGAGAAAGAAGGUUGAGUGUGAGUAUUACGAGGCUCUACUAGAGGCCCGCAGUAUAUGUAUAUAGCAUUCUAGUACUACGAUAGAUAUGUGUGAAUUGGGUGAAAAGUUUUUGCGAUGU